AACAACAUGGCCACCCAUGUUGUUUACGUUCACGACCGGCCAAGCUAAACACUUCAAUUUUAUCUCCUGUGAUAAUUCCAAUGACGAAAAUUAAGAUGAAAUGAUGGCAUUGCGAGAAAACGUCUUUACUCUAUCUCAACGCGAAUUCCUUCUUGUAUUCUGUAAUGGAUAACAUGUGUUGAGAAUCGGGAGACUCGACCUGCGUGAUGAGUGGGCGGGACUACAGGUCCUUCAUCACCAGCCACAGGGCAGAGGAGAUGGAUCGCCUGGUUCGUCGGAUGACAGAUGGCGUGCAGAGCAACAAGUACGACCAUUAUGUGGACUACAACAAACUCAAGGCCAUGGCGAUGGAAAAGAGGUUUUCUGGUCACAAAACAUUAAUGAAAGUGCAGAAAAUUGAGCAACUUUCGAAACAAACAAAAGAAAACCAUUUGUUGAAACAACAGCGUCUGGUGUGGCAGAAAGAGUUCAUUCACCUGAAUCAUCUUCGCAAGAAGCACCAGGCAGACAUAGACCUGCAUGUCCGGGAGAACUGCAUCGUGGCGGCGUGUCGUCAGCUGUACCAGGAUGCUGAAUACUACCAGGCCGGACUAGACAGGGACUUGGAGAAGUUUAAACUGGACACUGCGGAACCGGUGUGGAAUCUCAGAGAUGACCUGACCUACUGGCUGAAGGAGAACAAGGAAGAAUUGCGGCUGGGCGCUCCGGAGGUGAUAGAGCAUCACACCCAGAUCAUGAACACCAUCGCCUCUGUCAAGCAGCAGCAGGCAGACAUCUUGGAUAAACUCAAGCAGGAGCAGCUGUGUCUGGAGCAAGAACUUCAGACCAAUGAGUUGCAGGAGUUGUGUCCCCCUCAGCUGGCGAAGCGACCCAAGUUUGUCGAUGGUAUCCCCCCUGAGGCGUACGACCUUGAGUGUCCUGAUGAGAGGUUGAAGGUGUCGGUCCUGGAGGAAUUCUUGAUCCUGGAUCAGAAAUAUUACGCUCGCCUCGCUGACCUCGACAGCAGACAUCGCAGAGGUCUCAGUAGUGACCACAUAGGCGGCUGGGACGAGGAGGAUCACUUCACGUUCGUGGCAGUGUACGACCAGUAUCCCACAGAGUUACAGAACAGGCGGAAACUCCUCGUGGAUAGAUUGAAGCGCCAUCUACCUCACAUAAACAGGGCACAACUUAUGGAGCAUGAAGACUGGUGGCUGGACUUCAAACACUACAACGAGCGGCACAAGUCCAUCUUGUCCGACUGGCUACGUGACCGUCGAGAGCUGUUGGUCAAGGCCAGGGUAGUGUUUGCUGAGGCGUCCGCUGCACAGGACCUGGACGACCUGAAGGAGAACAGCAGACAGAAACAACUGGAGCUGUGUGAUGCCCUGUAUGCUCAGGUGCUGCGAUGGAGGGAGCAAAAGAUGGAGUUGAUGCAGCUGGAGAUGGAGUUGGAGCAGAAACGAGCGGAGCAGAUGGCAGAACUUGAGCAAGCGGAACAAGAGCGAGAACAGCAGCGCCGUCAGAAGGAGAAACAAAAGAUCAGUAAGUUCCACAAGGAGAGAGAGGACAGACGGCAGGAGCAGGAGGAGAGAGACAGACAUCGCCUUCAGGAGCUCCAGGCCUCCCUAGAGGAACAGGCCCAGCUGGACAGGGACAGGGUGAAGUUCCGGGAGGACCAGCUGGAGAGACGCAGAGAGGACAGACAGAGAGAAGAGGAGGCCAGAGCACAGGAGGACAUCGAGCGAGAGAGGAGGCUGGAGUCUCUCAGAGAGCAGGUGCGGCCGAUCGCGGAGAGUGACCCCGAGAGACUACUCAAACAAACAGAGGCGUGGCAAGCGAGGCUGGCAGAGGAGGAGAUGGAGCAGAGCAACAUCCAGAAGCCCCUGUUUGACAUCAACACCUUCACAGCUAAUCAGGUGACAUCAGACCCCAGGGUGAGGCUAGAGCAGAAGCUCCGUGAUGCGGGUCUCCACAAGUCAGACUACGCCCGACAAGUCCUGUCCCAGGUCAAACCGCUCCACCCCCCCAGGAAGGACAUGGAAUCUACUGUCCUGAAGUAUGACUGAACCCUCCUGGGGGAACCUGCAAUACUACCACAUGACUGCAGUCUGUUCAUCUGACAUCCCCUCCGAGUCCUCCAGUGAGUGGGGUGGGCCUGCAGGCGUCUUGAUACACAUACCUCACGUACCCAUGCCUAGGGUGAUGCUCGGUUGCUCUAUUUUUGCAUGUAUUUUGCCAUGUUCCAUGUGGUCCAUCUAACAAGGUUGUUGCUGUCAGCCAUUUUGUGUUGAGUCACUGGUUCAUUUAGAUAAUCGAUUAUUCUUAUAUGGAAGACAUUAAUCGAUACAGCCUUAUUACAUGCAUUGACACAAGGGAAGGGGUGUGGUUUUGUCAGAUGUCAAUUUGUGAUGCAGGAACCAGGAAUGUUUGUCAUGCAACCAAGAAUGUUUGUCAUGCAACCAGGAAUGUGUCAUGCAACCAGGAAUGUUUGUCAUGCAACCAGGAAUGUGUCAUGCAACCAGGAAUGUGUCAUGCAACCAGGAAUGUGUGUCAUGCAACAAGGAAUGUUUGUCAUGCAACCAGGAAUGUUUGUCAUGCAAUAAGGAAUAUGUCAUACAACUGGGGAUGUCAUACAACGGUGACAGAACACUGCUGCAAAUACAUGUAUAUUCAUUUAUAAUCAUUUGUAGAGCAGACCUAGACUGUCAUGCUGUCAGCAGAGGUAUAUCGACUGUCUGCAGGUAUAUACUGUCAGCAGGCUCGCAGGUGGUAUGUGACCAAAAAAUGUAUAAGGUCCUAUAACCAUUGAACAGUCUGGUCAUCACUGAUGUGUGUGUGUGUGUGUGUGCGUGUGUGUGUGUGUCACAUAUUGUGUUCCAGCUACUUGUGAACACAGAAAACUGCUGUUUUCAUAUCAUGUCAUCAAUCUGGAAUUCAUGUUCACAUCAAGUUCACCUGGUGCUAGCCCACUAGGACGGAACUAUUCAUUGAUGUAUCAUGAUGUAUGUGGGCGGAUGUACAGUGGUUUGCCUUUCCAUGUAAUGUGAUGUUUCCGUCCCAAAGUAUCUGUUCCUGUAGGGAAAUUGUUCCUUUGUUCUACUUUCUUAGGGGGAAUUAUUCCCAUGGAACAGUUUUUACGAGGAAAUGUUUUCCAGGAUGAUUUUGUUCCUCCACAUUUAGUGAUUUAGUUUGGUAUAAAUUUCCUUGUGAAAAUGUUUCCUAGCCCUAACCUUAAUAUUAAUACCAACCCUGACCCUGACCCUAUCCCUAUCCUGACCCUGACCCUGACCUAAUCCUUACCCUAACCCUAACUCUGACCCUGAACAUACACCUAACCCUGACCCUAAUCCUGACCCAACCCAACCUAAACCCUGACCCUGAUCCCAACCCUACACCGAAUCUGACCCUGACCUUAGAUACCUUCACACUGGCAGCAUCUGAUCCUGGUAGAACUAAUUCCAUCUGGAACUACCUUUCCGAAAUGACAGACGUGACCGAAACACACAUAAAAUAUUCACAUGGACUGUGAUUAGUUUCUCCUACUUUGCCUCCAUUACAUAAGUGGUUGACAAUCACAAUAAGUGCUGUAUGACCCAUGGAUACCGCACAGCUCUUGAGGAUCAAUUCUGUCACCUACCUGGAAUCAUUACAUCGACCAUGGCACCAAGCCACGGCUGUGAUAUCAAUAUCUUGAAUAGGAGUCAAUCUCCCUAUUGAUUGUCUCCUAGCGAGUGGAAUUGACUCCGAUCUUAUAACUGCAUUUUGUAUUCAAUAAUGGAAUCUAUAUUUGUAUAUCGUCUUGCAGUAAAUUCCUACACCGUGGA